CUUGCCAGCCUACGUUGUUUUUUUAUUGUUAAACUAAAAAGUUCUUAUGUCUAAGCCUACUUGAAGAGUGUCAUUGUUGCCCAUUGUCUGAUGUUGUCACAGUAUAUUGACAGUAACAACAUCAGGUUUCAUUGUCAUGUGCUGGGUUAUUGGGCUAAAUAGCCCCAGGUGUCUACUCACCAGCCAUCUGUUUUGUACAUGGCAUGGCUCUUCACGAUUGCCAUAUAUCACAAUGGAAAGAUACAACUCCAAAUGGUAAAGGGUGGCCAUUACUGCUCUGAUGAGGCACAGUGUUGACUGGGAUCUAUCAGUGCUUUAUUUCUCUUGGUACCACUUCCGGGGCAGGAAAUGGUAGCAAAUUCACACCCUUCACACUGAGGCAUGUACUUGUGUUUUAUCCAGAAGGUGCUAACAGGAAAAAGAACUUGCCCCCCAAAGUGCCUAUAACUCCAAUGCCAAGGUAUUCCAUCAUGGAGACUCCAGUACUGAAGAAAGAACUGGACAGGUUUGGAGUCCGUGCUCUGCCCAAACGCCAGAUGAUUCUAAAACUGAAGGAGAUUUUCCAGUACACUCACCAGACCCUGGAGUCAGACUCUGAAGAUGAGAUCCAGUCCUCCCAGGUGUCCCCAGGAGUCCCUUGCAGCCAAGCCCCUGCCAUCAAGUCCAACAAGCGAUCAAGGUCAGGAGGUUACACCCAGCUCAAGACCACUGCAGGUCUUGGCACUCAAAGGUCCAAGGGUUCCACUAAGACCAAGGGCCCUCAACAUCGAAAGAAGCAGCUCAGUGAAAGCAUCCCCCACCCAAGCAGGUCACCAGCUGGGGAGCCACCUCCAGACCCUAAUGGCAAUGCCCAGCUCCCAGCCUUCCAAGAAUCCAUCGCUGCCUCUGUGGAUGGCAGUGACAGCUCCUUUGGCUCUCAAAGCUCCUCCUGUGAGUUUGGAGCUGCCUUGGAGUCUGCAGGUGAAGACAAGGAGGGUGAAGAAGGGGUCGGUGCAUCACAGGCAGCCAUCCAGGCAGCCAACACAGAGGAGACAGUGAGACGCUAUAUCUGCUCCAAGCCAGCCCUGUACCGCAAGGUACUGAUGUACCAGCCCCUCGAGCUAGCUGAGUUACAGGCUGAACUGAAACAGGAUGGCAUCCACGUGGCCAUGGGCAAGCUGCUGGACAUCCUGGAUGCUCAGUGCAUCACCUUCACGACUGCAGCAGCCAGAAAGGAGAAGCUGAAGCAGAAGAGGCGGCAGCACUUCGGCCGAAAGAAAAAGGGAAGGGAAUGACAGGCCCCACCCUACUAGCCACCUGCCAGAGGACCUGAGCACCUAGUGCAAAUCAGGCCUCCAUAAUCAUCUCUGCCUUGGGACCUCAGCCUGUGUCUGUGGAAAGGACAACAGCCCACUCAUCCUUCUCUGGCUUCCAGCAGCUGGUCAUGUCACUCAAUGAAUUCAGAGCCAGACCCCUCCUUUUUUUUGCCCCAGCAGGGUUCUCACCUGUGUCUUCCUGAGAGGCAGUGUACCACACAGCUGGCCAGGGCAAGGCCUGAUGCUUCCCCACCUGUCAUUCUGUGUCCAUUACACCCAAGCACAACUGCCCCAUGAGGUGUUCUGAGACGGGCAUCAGGUCCAGCCUGCCUUCCCAACACUCAAACCAAUCCCAGCCACACAGCAGUCCAGGCCUUCAUGGGCUUCCUGUACCACCACAGCACAGGUGCUCUUCUGACCCAGUGCCUGCCCAGAUAUUUAUCACUGUCACCAGCAUCCUCCAAGCAGGACCGCGAAUAAGGGCCCAGCCCAACUCUGAAGACACCCCCCUCCAAGCAAGCAUGCUCUUUGCAGGCUCUACGUACAUGUGGUAAAGCCUCCUUGACUCCACAGCCAUGUGGGCCCUGGGGAGGGCCAGAGAAGAAAAAAGUUUGGGUCUCCAUGGCCUGUGAAUGUCCUUAUCUGUUUUAAAUACAGUGUGGUUGGUUUUAUAUGAUGUGCAAUAAAAACAAAGAAGGCUUUAUAGAUGCUACUCCAGAAAA